AUGACGAUCCCGACAUCGUACGCAAACUGGUCCAGGGAGGAGCUGGUGGCGAGGCUGAGACAGCUGGAAGGUGCAGGCAGCGCCUCCGGGUCGAAGUCUCGCGCGUCCGACAAAGACUUCGACUUCGCCGCAUAUCCGAAGCGAAAGAUCGCGCUGAAAUUCUGCUACUCCGGCUGGGAUUACGGUGGAUUGGCGUUCCAGGAAGGCCAUACCGUGCUUCCGACUGUAGAGAAUGUUCUCUUUGAUGCUCUUGCGCGGACGAAACUUGUAGAUCCUGCCAAAGGCUUCGAAGGUUGUGGAUGGGAAAGGUGUGGUCGGACGGAUCGGGGCGUCAGUUCGGCUGGGCAGGUUGUUUCGUUAUGGGUUAGGAGUGCACUAGAGCAGCCUGAUGGUCCGUCGUAUUUGCCACCCGAGCGGAGUACAGUUACUGUCGCACCAGACCCGACCACUGCGGACUCGCAGGAUGCUGGAGUGGCGGAGGACGACCCAGGUACUCUGUUUGCUACGGGUACGCCUGCUGAUUCCCCUGCUGUUCCUUCUCGAAGACGACCGGAACUUCAAUACGUAUCGAUGCUUAAUCGCGUUCUCCCGAUGACGAUCCGCAUACUAGCAUGGUCACCUGUAUCCGCGGACUUUUCAUCACGAUUUGCCUGCAAAUACCGACAUUAUAAAUACUUCUUCACAUCGCACGGACUUGACGUUGGUCGCAUGCGGGAUGGCGCGCGGAGACUCCUCGGUGAACACGACUUCCGCAAUCUAUGCAAAUUAGAUCCCGCGAAGCAGAUCACCAGUUUCAAGCGCAGGAUCCUCCGUGCGGAAAUCUCGUCGGUCGAUGGUCGACCCAGUGACCAGGAGACGGGCGAGGACCUAUACGUGUUCGAUCUGGUGGGCACCGCGUUCUUGUACAACCAGGUACGACACAUUGUGGCUGUCUUGUUUCUGAUUGGCACUGGUUUGGAACACCCGUCCGUGAUUACAUCCUUGGUGAAUGCCGACCCGAAUAAUCCGUAUCCAGCCUUCCAAGAGGGGGAGCCUGUGCCGGAGGUCGUGGAUACGAAACCGGAGUAUCAAAUGGCUGAUCCACUCCCGCUCAUGUUAUGGGAAUGUGCGUACGACGACAAGGACGUAUCUUGGCGAGUUACCAAUGGUGACUCUGAUAGUAACGAGGAGCAGAGGGCAGGGCCGAAUGGAUCAAGUAACGUCAUUCACCAGCUGCACUCUAUCCACACUCGGUCACGGAUCUACACUGCGAUGAACGCCCAAUUCCUGUCUGCAGCUCAGCGUUACGUCUCUCCGCCUCCAUCUGUACUCCCGCUGAGCCGAACGGGGAUUGACCCGACUUCCCACAACAGUCUACUAGACAUCCCGCUGGGUGGCGGGACGUACCGGCACACGACCAAGUACAUCCCCCUCCUACAGCGCAAGCGGUUAGAACAUGUGGAUAUAGUGAAUCAACGCUGGAGGGAAGGAAAGGGGUUAAGGAGAGAAGCGCGCAAGCUUCUCGUCGACCCGGAUGCAGACGAAUAGAGUCAGGAGCUGCUCGUCUCUGUUAUAUGACCAUGUAGGGUGAUCCAUGCAGCUUCUAUUACUGUAUGUCUAGGAUGCCGCAGCCGCCGCGCCAAUUAUAACAGGAUAUUUGGCUGUGUUUCUUUGGGUUUGUCGUUGCGACGAGGAUCCGUCUCUUGAUUGACCGCUAGUGAUCGUUGACCGCGUUCUCCUUGGCAAUAUGGCAGCUGGUACACCCGG